GAAGAGGCGGCGGCGGCGGCGGUGGUGGGGGGGCUCCAGCGCUAUGGGUGUGAUAGGCAUACAACUGGUUGUUACCAUGGUGAUGGCUAGUGUCAUGCAGAAGAUAAUACCUCACUAUUCUCUUGCUCGUUGGCUUCUUUGUAAUGGCAGUUUAAGAUGGUAUCAGCAUCCUACAGAAGACGAAUUAAGAAUUCUUGCAGGAAAACAGCAAAAAGGAAAGAGCAGAAAAGAUAGGAAAUAUAAUGGUCAUAUUGAAAAUAAACCUCUUACCGUUCCAAAGGACAUUGAUCUUCAUCUGGAAACCAAGUCAGUUACUGAAGUGGACACUUUGGCAUUGCAUUAUUUCCCUGAAUAUCAGUGGCUGGUGGAUUUCACAGUGGCAGCUACAAUGGUGUAUUUAGUAACUGAAGUCUACUACAGUUUCAUGAAACCCUCCCAAGAAAUGAAUAUCAGCAUAGUCUGGUGCCUGCUUGUUUUGGCUUUUGCGGUCAAGGUACUCUUUUCAUUAACUACACAUUAUUUCAAAGUAGAAGAUGGUGGUGAAAGAUCAGUCUGUGUUACCUUUGGAUUUUUUUUCUUUGUCAAAGCCAUGGCAAUUCUGAUUGUAACUGAAAACUAUCUAGAAUUUGGACUUGAAACAGGGUUUACAAAUUUUUCGGAAAAUGCGAUGCAGUUUCUUGAAAAGCAAGGUUUAGAAUCCCAGGGUCCGGUCUCUAAACUAACCUUCAAAUUUUUCCUGGCAAUUCUCUGUUCACUUAUUGGUGCUUUUUUGACAUUCCCUGGUUUGCGACUGGCUCAAAUGCAUCUGGAUGCCCUGAAUUUGGCAACAGAAAAAAUAACACAAACAUUACUUCAUAUAAACUUUUUGGCACCUUUGCUUAUGGUUCUACUGUGGGUAAAACCAAUCACCAAGGACUACAUUAUGAACCCUCCACUGGGUAAAGAAAGUGUGCCCUUAAUGACAGACUCCACAUUUGAUACCCUGCGGCUAUGGCUGAUCAUCCUGUUGUGCGCUUUGCGGUUAGCUAUGAUGCGCAGUCACCUACAAGCCUACCUGAACUUGGCCCAGAAGUGUGUCGAUCAGAUGAAGAAGGAAGCUGGAAGGAUAAGUACAGUCGAUCUACAGAAAAUGGUGGCGCGUGUGUUUUAUUACCUUUGUGUAAUUGCCCUGCAGUACGUGGCACCUCUGGUAAUGCUGCUCCACACAACUCUGCUUUUGAAAACACUAGGGAAUCAUUCCUGGGGGAUCUAUCCUGAGCCUAGCUCUGACUCGCCAAUGGAGGUUAACCCACACUCCUCUUCUGUUAACUCUGAAUUGCCAUCUACCGAUGGAAAAAUGAAGGUAACUGUAACACAAGUAACCGUGGCAUUGAGCAGCCUAAAGAACAUUUUCACUCCUCUGCUCUUCCGAGGGCUUCUGUCAUUUUUGACCUGGUGGAUUGCUGCUUGCCUCUUUUCCACGAGCCUUUUUGGGCUUUUUUAUCACCAAUACCUGACUGUGGCAUAAACUAAAUCAACUAACAAAAAGAUGCCGGCGUUAAACUCUAGAGACAACUCCAUGCGCUCUGUGGGCUGAAGGAAACCAGAAGAGAACAAACGUGAAGAAAAGGAGGAAACGUACCAUCCGAAUAUCUUGUUAUAAUGCUUCCUCUGCAUUCUCAGGGUGAAUUAAUGUUAUGUUGUUUAAAAUCACAAGUUAGUUUGUUCACUGGGUUGCCUGACGUGGGGUAACUUGACUGUUGAAUUGCAGCGUUGGAACUGUGACAAACCUUUUUUUUCCUUUUUUUUUUUUUGUAUGGCCAGUGGGGGGACUAUUUAUGGGGAUAGUGCUUGUGAUCACCAUGGUUUCCAGAAACACCCAGCUGUCCUCAAUUUUGCAUGUGAUGUUUGUCAUUGAUGAUGACCCUUAGAGAUAUUGCGGUACUGGUGGUGGGUGGCUGCCUAAUGAACAAUCUUGAAACUGAGCCAUACUUGAGAGGAGGGGGAAGGAGAGAAAAUCACUUCUGUUGGAAGAGUCUUAGUUGCUCUUCUAGGAGAAUAGCGUUAAAAAAAAAUCCAAAAGGACAGAAGAAAUAGCUACUGUAUAUUACAGUAAAAGGAAGCUCUAUCAUAUUUGAAUAUAGUGGAGUGUGUAUUAUCAGCAAGUAUUCCUGCUCAAAAGUAGCAGGGAUGUUGUUAAAAAUGUAUUUUGUCUCAACCUCUGCAAUCCUUUUUAAGUAAUGAAUGGCCAUACGAACACUUGCAAGUGCAGCUUGGUGCUAAAGUCGGUCCUUCCAAAUCCACUUGGGUCUCAAUUUUUAUGUUGCCCCACAUAUAGCUUGAUAAAGUCCAUCAGUUCACUAAAAUGAUCCAAUUUUGUUACCAACACUGACCCACUUUUUUUUUUUUUUUUACAAAUUACUUUGUAAUCCUGCUGACUUGUAUGUAUGUAUUGUGUGUGUGCGUGUAUAUAUAUAUAUAUAUACAUAUAUUAUAUAUCGGAUAUAUAAUAUAUUGAUCUAUGAAAGAUGAAAAUAUAGAAUCCUUAUAUUAUAAAUUGCUGAAUGUAUAUUACAUGUGGUUGGGGAUGUUUAUGUAUCCAGAAAUUCAAAAAUCUUUCUCAAAUGGAUAUUAAAAAGUGUUUUUGAAAGUCCAGUAGAAAGAGCUGUUCAUUUGUGUUGCCUGUCUGAGGGCACUUUUGGAAUCCCCCAAAUGGUCAGGGUUCUUAACUAAGAACUCUCACCCCAAAAGUAAUUCUAUAUGUCAUGGAAAUUAAAAUGCCUGUCCUUUUAGGGACCAGCACUUAAAUAGGCUCUAAUUAAAGACUGACGGGAUUACGUGGGUCUAUUUGAAACCGUUUGCUUUUUAGGUUAAGAAAUAUUAUUUUUGUAAGUUACGUAUCAAUUGUGGUGGGAAUUAAUCAAGAACAUAUAUCCUUGACAAAUUUUUCUUAAUUAGGAUAGUAAUUUUAUGUUUAAAAUUAAAUAUGAAAAAAUGUUAAGUUUUUAGAUUUAUUGGCUUUUUACAUUUGUAACCAAAAUUAGGAAUGUGAAGCUCACAGAACUUGGCUUUUAAAAAUAAUUGAUCACAUUUCAGAGCAUCGUCCCUUUGUCUCAUCAGAAAAAAGUGACACAUAAGGAAAGGGACCAUUUUAAUAGUGCUUAUAAAAGGUGGGCUUUAGAACUUAAACUUUGAAUUCCUGAAGUCCUACAAAGCUUGCAGUACUUUGAGCUUUUGAACUUUAUAAUGUUGAAUGAAUUUUCUAUACAAAGACAAUCAGUUCCGUUCAUUUGUGUAUCUCUCCAUUCAGGGUCUCUCCACCCACUGAUUUGGGUGGAGAAAUAUGCCACUUUUGAAACUACAGUGACAACUAACCCAAAAACUAUUUUAGCCUUGCACUUAGAACUAGGUUUUUCAAAAAGUCCAGAUUUGGGGCAUUCCAAAUAAUGUGUUCAAGUUUGACUAAGUGUAUUUGUGUAGAGAUGGCACUUUAAGAAGCUGGAGUGGAAGAUAGAAUUAGUUUAUUUUUAAGAGCAAGGACAUUCAGACUCGUGGAAAGAUUAUUUCUUAACCAGGCAUAGUCAGGAGCAAAGUAAAACAAUUAAUGUAUCCUGAAAAAAAUCUGAAGAGAAAUUCACCAAAGCAAUUGAUGAGUUUGAGGGGGUAACGAAAACCUAACUAGAGUGCAAUGGUGAAAAUUAUUACAAUAAUCCCACAGGAUGUAAAGGUGGUUCUUUUUAUGAAAAUGAUAAGUAUUGCAAAAUAUUCAAAGCCCCAAUGUUUUAUAAAAUAAUCAACUCCACAAUGCCUGGUAGAUUUUCUGAGCUCUCUUAUAAUUGAAAUUUUUUUUGAAUGGCAAAUAAUUAUUCAUUCAGAAAAAGCAAAACUAAGGGAUUUUUGAAUGUGGAGUUUUCACGGAGCUUUAACUGACUCAAAGAUUCAGAAUCUAAUGACGUUUGUGGUCCCAGAGUUUGAACUACCAUUUCUCUCUCCUUUUUUCUAGUUCUCCUCUUCUCUCGAUCUCCAUUAUUAUGUAAUGUUGCACACAAAGUUCCUAUUCAUGUAAUUGCAUCAUUAACUCAGUGUCACAUCUUAUAACUUUGAACUUGUUUAGAACCUUUAGAAGGGAGGGAUAUGGGCAGUGUCAUAAAACACGUGUCAAAUUUUCCAAAGUAGUGUUUUCUUUAUUUUUAAAUAUUCCUUUCUGCUAACUAGCCUUUUUGUGUUUUUUGUGUGGUUGUGUUAAUUGGUUAGUCUAUUCCUUGCCAAACCUUGACUGAGUUUGCCCUGGUCACAGCUUUUUUGAUGGAACGGUGGCCGUUUUUUUUUGGGGGGGGGACCUCAUUUAUUUUUGUACAAUGAUUAGACGUACUGCUGAGGAUUAAAAGAAAGAUUAUUUUUUCUCUCCUCCUGCUGAGCUGUACUACCUAUCCUAUCAAAUCGUACAUAUUUAUUUAGCAGAUUUUUGUUAACUUGGGAAAAACAUAACUCCAAAUACAACUGACCAUAUUACUUAGUGGGCACAAUAAAUGUCAAUCAGACUAAAGAUACACAUCUCCCGUAGUCAACAGGACAGCUUGGAUUGUUCGUAGUGCAGAUAAUGACAUCACAUCAUUCAUUUUCUUAGUAGUUAUCCUUAUGGCUCAUUGACACACACAAAAAAAAUACUACGACUGGUAAGACUUUGCUGGCGAUUUGUCGUCCCUGAUGGGAAUUGUUGUGAAGUAGUGGACAGAUACAUUUUUGUUCACUCAGAACCACACUUUGUUGUAUGGUGUGACGCAUAUUUGGCAUAAAUGAAGGCUGAGAUUUUUUACUAAGAACACAGUAAGAUUCAACUUGUAAUGAAUUCAACUUCUAAAGUGCCCCUAUACUGUUGUCAGUCAGGUGGUGUGUGGUUUAAUUUGAGUGCCUCUGGCUUUUAUUAGCAUUCAUAUUUUGAGGACUCGGAGGGUUUCAAAGGAGUCCCCAGUGCCUAGAGCAAUAUAACUUGUCUCUCUGGUAGACAAAAAACACUUUUCUUCUUCCCUUCACAUGGCAGGUGGUCUUUUAAUAUACAGAUUAACAUAUACCCUUAAGGAAUGGCUUCACUUCAUUAUUACCUAAAUUCAUUGUUAUUUAAGGGGGCUAGAGGCUGUGAGAAGAGUCUGAGGUUAAAAAUCAGGCUUAUGCCUAUGAAGACUUAAUACUAUUAAUCAAUAGUAUUUAUUGAGUGCCUGCUUUGUGCAGACUACUGCAGUAAGUACUUGGGAGAAUUCAAUAGGGUUAAAAGAUACAAUCCCUGUCCAGAAGGCGCAUUCUAUUAAAACACUAACAAGUAUUUUGAGAAAGAUGUAUAGCACUUUUUUUUUGUUGUUUUGCUUUUUAGUUUCCAGCUUCAGUCUCAGAGCAGAGUUUCAGAAAACUCAAAAAAAAAAAAAAGCAUUAGGAAAUAAUUCUUAUUUUUCUUUAAAAGUGUCUAAAUUGCCCAGAACUCAGCACUAUUUACUUUCCAUCCCAUACUCCUUAGAGGAGUAAUUUGCCAACCGGUGGAGGAACGGUUUGGGACUAUUAUCAUUUUUUGCAAGUGGCUCACCAACCCUCUGAAAUCUUUGUCCCUAUCCCAGUUUUUCCCCAAUUCUCCCAAAUUGAUUAUCCCCCACUUACCGGGCCGAACCUCUUGAGAGUUGCAAGGGGUGGAGUGAUGAUAUAAGAUGUCCGGUUCUCCGUAUCAACUCACUUUCCCACCCUCACUCCCAGGGACGUGGGUCUUCAUUGAAAGGUAUAGCUUGGUUCUUCUCUUUGAGCCCUUAGGAUCCUCAUGGGAGUUUGGGGGCACACCAGAUUGAUCAUAGUGUUUGCAGCCAGUUUUUCCUGGCAACCGUAAGUCAUCGCACAUCUUUCCUGGCCAACAUUUUCAUUUUUAUAUAGGUUGAAAGAGAUAAUGCAAGUUGAAAGUAUUUUAAAUGUUUAGCGGGGAUGUAUAUAGAUUUUCCCCAUGGGCUUCAAAGAUCAGUACUAGCCUGAAAUGGACGUAAUUUACAGGUCCAAUGUUGGAUGAACUUUGUAUUAAUUUAUGUGAAUGUCAUCAGUUAAGAUAACGUGAGUAUUCAAAAAUGCUGCUACAUGCUGAUAGAAAUGUGAGUUGCUAUUAAAACUUCUGUGACUCUGAAAGGCAAGCGCCCUAAAAGCAAAUAUCACAUGGAGGCUGAGUUCAGCAGGCCAUCAAGUUAAAUUUUUACCUACAAAAUAAUUCGAUGGGGUAUGAAAUGCCAUUCUAUAUUUUUAUAGUCUUUUGGGGAAAGUUCUAUUGCCAUGACUCUGGUCCAAAGCUUGCGUCUCCUAUUUUGAAGAAAGAUCAACUCUUCAGUUUCUUCUUUCAUGCAGGAUUGCAAACGUAAGGGAGAAUGAACUACAAUCUCUUCGAUACGUUUAUGCUGUGUUGUUUAGUCUGGAAAGGGCAGCAUACCUUAACUGGCCGGCCUUCAAAUAGUAAUAAUAGCGGUAUUUGUGGAGCGCUUACUAUGCACCGAUUACUGUACUAAGCUCUGGGAUAGAUAAAAUAUAAUCAGGUCAAACACAGUCCUGUCCCACGUGGAACUUGUAGUGUAAGGGAGAAAGGGUACUUAAUUCCUACUAUAAAGAUGAGAGAACUAGAGAAGAGAGAUCUUAAGUAAUCGCCCCAAGGUUACACAGCAGCAGACAAGUGGCAGAGCUUGUCAAACCCAGAUCUCAGACUCGCCUUCCAUUAGGAAUGCUGCUGUUCAUAUGAGAACAUUAAUCAGUUAUUUUCCUUGUCCUCGGAUGUCAGAACUAAGGGAGAAGAGGUUUAGGUAGAAACAGGGAACAGUUGGUUUAAACUCGAUUAGUAGGUGAAUUGUGGAGUCUUACCCUGAAGAACUUUUUUAUAAAAAGAAAGAGACCACAAUCGAUCCAGAUGGUUUAACCAGCUACCUGCCUGGAGGCAGGGAGUUAAACCAGGUAGCCUCUUGAAGGAACAGAAUUUUAGCUGGUUAAAAUGCACCGUCCAACCUACCCAUUGAUAUUUUUGAUAGAGAUGAUAAAUGGGGAAUGGGCAAGUUUUAAAAAAGAAUACUUGCAAAUUAGGUAAACAUUGAAUUUUUUGAUAACUCAAGAUGAAUCUGAAAGCUGGAGAACUGUUUGUGCUCUAAAUUUUAAGAAGAAAUUACUGAAUGUACAUAUGCAAACCAUUGACUCAAAACAACUCAUAUCAGUUUGAAUUUAGUGUGGCAUAUACAAAAUGGUUUUCAGGUUAUACAUUUAGAAAUCAUUUGCAGUGUGCGUAGGCUUAUGCAGGUACUACUAAGACGCUUGAAGAUGAAUAAAGAUAUGCAAAAACUUACUGCUUUGAAUUAGCUUUAGUCGCAGUAGAAGUGUGGUUUGUUGUUUUCAGGUGUUUUGUAAUGGCAAAACAAUAUAUGCUGCUUUUCUAAGAAAAAAAAUCAGAUAUAAUUUUCAUUGAAAAUUUUCUUAAACCCAGACAGUGCAACCACAUCAGUUUUCCUUUUUUAAAUAGUUAUUAAGUACUGAUAGCAAAAGAUGUUUUGAUACUUUUAAUACUUUUAAUAAUUCCUUUAUAAUAUUUUAGUUUUAAUUCCACCAAAUAUACUUUUCUCCCCCUCCCUAUUUCUUUGAGUUUAUGUAAUUUUGAGAUUUCUGCCUUUUGACCUGUAGUCCAUAAGGAGAAAAUAAAGUUUGUAAUUUAUUAGGGCAGUCCCGAUCAUUUGUAAGUGUACCAAGUUGUAGUAUGAGCUUCAGAAUAUUUUUCUUUCGUUUCAACUCACAGAGGGAAAUGUCUGGAAUCUCAAAAGUAUCAUACAAUAGAGUAUUCUCUAAAUAGCUCUACUGAUUGUAAAAUCACUUAUGUGAUAAAACUAACUUUACAACUUUCUUUUUGAUCAACAAAGUUCUUACUGGGAAGGCUGUUUCAGGGAUUUUAUAUGUAUUUCAUUUUUUAAAUAACACCUGUAAAAUUUUGUGAAGCAGUGUUCCCAUAAGCUCUUAGAUCAUUUUUACUCAUCUUUAUAAGUUUGUGUACCUGUCUAUAUCUGAAACUUGCACCUUUCAAAAUUAUGAGUGUUUUGUAAAGUAGGAUAAAGAAAUACAAGAGUUCUUUUGUAAGUCUCAUUGGUCCCCAGUCUUGUAUUAUUUCUCCUUAAUGUGUAUAAAAUGCCACAUUUAAUAACUUUAUUUACUCUUUUGUAUCCAAUAAAGAUAUAAAUUAUAACAUCUUCAUUUAAAAAAAAUUCCCAUUCACUUUUAGUGUAUUCAAGCAGUUAUUUAAAAUUCUAAAUCAUAUAGUGAAAUGCUUUACACCCCCAAAAUUAGAUUUGUUAGCAUUGUUGCUUGUUUCAUAUGUUAUAGUGUCACCAAAAAGGGGAGAUGGGCAUCUUUGCAGAGAUUACUUAUUAAAAGCAAAUAUAGGUGCCAAGAAACGACAAUUUUCUUAAAGCUAUUGAUGUUACAGUCAUAAAACAUGACUCCUUAGGAGGCCAAAUAAUGCUAAUUAUUGCAUUACUGAAAACCAUAGCAUACUGGGAGCGGGAGGGAUGAGGGAAGUUACCUUUUGGCAACAAGGAGAUGAUGAAACGUAUAAGCAACAUUUUCAAACUAAUAAGGAGUUCAGCAAAUUUAAAGCACACACCAUCCUACUUUCAAAUACUAACUCUAAAAAUACUGCUGAACCUCAAUACCUUUAAAACUAUGCAACGAAAAGAUUCAUUCCUUUACAGGGAACCAAGGAAAGAGAAAAUGAAUUAUUUGGAAUGAUUUGAGCAGUGGUAGUAUUUAUGAAGCAUCUACUGUGUGCUGAAUGUGGUACUAAGGGCUGCGAGAGGAGACACAGGUAAGAAUUAAGACACGGUCCAUGUCCCUCGUAGGGCUUACAAUUUAAUAAGCAGCUUUCACUGUAUUCUCUUCAGUAGGUCAGGGAACAGAUGUGACAAAGAAAUGUAAUAGGUUCAUAUGCCUAUUGCUGCAGGGUGAGGAGAUGACCAAUUGUGACAGAACCUAAUAUCCUGUUGCCAUCAGCAGUUUCUUCCAAUUAUUUGUUUCCUGUUAUAGGGCAAACUGUCCAAAAACUGUCCUCUCUACUUUGGUUGAAAAAAAAACAACCUGUUUUUAAUAUAAUGGCACUACCCCUCUGCAUUUCCUUUGGGGUCACACUAAGUGUUAGGUUUAGUGCAGUAAGAAAAUGUAAAACUCUGAACUUCCCUGCCCAAACCCACCUACAGAGAGUUGUUAGGGUAUUUUUGGUCAAGGAUAAUAGCUUGCAAUGCUGCAGGAAGAAGCAGAGAGCUAAAGAGGAAGGAAUAAUGUAAACAUAGAAAAGAAAAUGUUGGUAAAACAGGAAAGUAACAUUCAUUAGGUUUUUAAAUGUAUGUUUUAUAACAAUGUACAUGCAUACUGUAGAAUGUAAUUCUUAUAUUGGGCUUUGAGGUUAGGUUUUAUUUUUUUUCAGAACUAGAAUUUUGAGUAUUUAAAAUCUUGUGCUCUCCAGAUAAUGUAAUUCAAUGGGAAAUAAGAUCCAAAUCAAAAAUGAUAGUACUUGAAUAAUCUUAAAUUGAUCAUUCUGCAUAUUAAGGAUUAUACUUGUAAACUUAGUUGUUUGCAUUAAUAAUUGUGUACGCGCCAAAGGAAGAACGUCUUCAAAGAAAGGACCUAUAGCCAUCUAGGCUUCUAGGCCUGAAAUAAAAUGGCUUGAGCAAUUUUUGUAAUAAUUUUAUGUAUAUUUGGGAGGUCGGGGGAGAGAAGGAUUUGCCCCCCAUGCACCUACUGAACUGUACACAUUCAUUUUCCUACACUAUAUGUAGGAAACCCACGUCCUUUUGCUGCUAAUAUUUUAUUAAGUGAUUGAAAGAAGCCGUUUAUCUUCUUUCUUGGUAGUUUGCAUGCCAGUCAGAUUUUUAUUUAACAAGAUGGGUAAGAAAUAGACUUGCAGAUUUACACUAAAAUAUUGCCAAGAAUAUAAAUGCUGUGAGAUUUUACUGACAUGGGGUCAUUGGGUGGAAGGGGUUUGUUUUGGGCUUUUUUAAUUUCUCCUCUUUAUAUUUCCUUCAAAAGUGAUUGUGACAUUUUUUGUGCCCAUUCAAUAAUGCUUUAGCACAGGUUGAAACUGAGGUUUAUUUGGUUUUAAUUAGCAAAUUGAAGUUUUCAGAAUGGCUACAGGAGAAGUUUAUAGUCUUUACAAGAAAUCCUCAAACUGAUGAUUAUUGUGAACUACAAUUAUAAAUGGGGGCAGAAAUGUUUAAAACAUUCUCUUAUUUAAAAGCUGAUUUAUGUUAGAACAGUCUGCAUGUAUUUUACUCUUUCCCUGCAUAAUUUAUUUAAAUUAUUUGUUUAUGCUCCAUACCCACAAAUGUAGUAUAAACUGUUACAUUGUUUUGCACAAUGCUGCCCAGAUCCUAAACACAGCAACUUGAAAACCAAAGACAAAUAAAACCUGUUUUUCUUAUA